AUGGUUGAAUUUGAGAGUGGCGAUAUACUGGAGAACUGGAUGCAGGGAAACUUUGGGCAACACUACCCAAACCUAGAGUCAUUCAGGACAAUCCUGAAUCCAGAGUUCAUUGACGAGAUGUGGCACCCACGAGAAAAUUUCGACCACACCCAUCAAUUAUUGGUCGCCAAUCGCCACCUCAAGGAAUUCGACAGUGUCAUGAACUUUGUGAAAAUCGAUCAGAUGUUGCGACAGCCAUGGGCUUGUAUGGGGCUGGAGUGGUUGGUAUGCAGUAUUGUCGGUGUCGAUCGAUUGACGGAGGAGGAGGAGGAGGUUGUGGUAGCUGGGCUCAGAGUGCCAGGAUACUCAACUGAGUUGACAGAGGACGAGACGAGGGCGGUCGAAAAGUUCUACCGGUGUCGGGCACAACAUCAUGGAAUGUACGAUCGACUGGCCAGUCUGAAGCGUCUCAAGCACCUGGAUCUGGGAUACGAGAACCGGUAUCCGCCGUGGGCCGACAUAGGGAAAAGGUACAGAGGAGAAGACGACAACUUGUACCUGAAAUAUAUCGACCAACCCAUGUUCGACACUUUGGAGUUGACACUGGAAUCUGGGCUGGGUCGUUCAGCUGCGUUGAAGGAUCUUGAGAUGUUUGGGUUCGAGUGCAUCAAUCAUCGAGUCGGCAAGGCUGGAAUGGAUGGCCAAGAGUUGGCCCAAGCUAAAGUUGAUGUAUGGUCUUGA